AGGAUGGCUGCAGAUAACACCUCCUCUAUGACAGAGUUUAUCCUCACAGGCUUAACUAACCAACCAGGACUCCAGCUCCCUCUCUUCUUCCUGUUUCUAGGCUUCUAUGUGGUCACCAUGGUGGGGAACUUGGGCUUGAUAACACUGAUUGGACUGAACUCUAAUCUUCAUAUACCCAUGUACAUUUUCCUCUUCAACUUGUCCUUCAUUGACUUCAGUUGCUCCUCUGCUAUCAUCCCCAAAAUGCUGAUGAGUUUUGUCUCAAAGAAGAACAUCAUUUCGUACUCUGGGUGUAUGACUCAGUUCUUUUUCUUUGCCUUCUUUGCCAAUUCUGAAUGCUUCAUCCUGUCAGCAAUGGCAUAUGACCGCUAUGUGGCCAUCUGUAAACCACUGUUGUACACGGUCACCAUGUCUCCUCAGGUGUGUGUAUUUCUUUUGCUGUGUGUCUAUGGGAUGGGGUUUCUGUCGGCUAUAGCGCAUACAGGUAAUAUACUGUUUCUGACCUUUUGUGGAGAAAACGUUCUCAAUCAUUAUAUGUGUGAAUUCCUUCCCCUCCUUGAGCACUCCUGCAACAGCUCUUUCAUGACUACUCUGGUGCUCUGUACUCUUGCAGCCAUUGCCAUUGGGGUGCCCAUUGUGACCAUUUUUCUCUCUUAUGGUUUCAUUCUUGUCAGCAUUUUCCACAUUAGUUCUACUGAGGGCAGAUCCAAAGCCUUUAGUACCUGCAGUUCUCAUAUAAUGGCAGUUUGUCUUUUCUUUGGUUCAGCAGCUUUUGUGUACCUUAAACCACCUACUAUUUUACCCCUUGAAUGGGACAAAGUCUGUACUGUGUUCUAUACCAUUGUGGUUCCCAUGUUGAACCCACUUAUCUACAGCCUGAGGAACAAGGAUGUCAAAUUAGCCAUGAAGAAAACCUUGGGAAGAAUAACUUUCUCUUGAAAAAAAUUGGAAAUUGAGAAAAGGCAUGAGAAUUUUUAAAUUAGAGUGUUGUUAUUUUUUAUCAUCAUCAUCAAUAAGGAAUUCAACCUUCAUGCUUUUGUACUGUAUAUUUAAAAGAAAUUUUAACUCUUUCCCAAAUGGAUUUAUUCCCUCUCACCAUCACCCCAACUCUUCCUUCUUUAUUUU